AUGACUAAUAGUCCCAUCUCCUACAGACUUCUCAGAACAGGGGUUAGUCUUCUCUCUCUCUCCUCCAAAAUUCUCCCGCAAAAUCUCUCGACUCACUGCGACAAUAGUCUCGUUCCCCGACUCUUCCGUCUCUCCUGUAACACCGCGACGACGAUGUGCCAACCGAUCGCGGUCUCUCUCGUCUCUCUCUUCCAGCAGAGGCACAUUACGGUUUACAAGGAAUUUCCGUCCAUCAGACAAGAAACUCAAAAAAAGAGUACAAUGGCCCAUUAUCGCACAGAAUUACAUAUUCCAGUGAAAAAGGACAGUUUGACUUUUGAGGAUCGUCAAAUGAAAACCUGGGAAAAUGUCCAGACCGAGUUGAAUGAUCGGCGCUCUCAGUGGGAGAAAGAAUUCGAAAAGAUGCGCAAUGAGUUCUUCACUCUGGCACCGACUGACACGAGCACCGGUGACAAAUUUAGCAAAAUCGACGGUUUUCGUAGUCUUUAUGAGUUUGACGACCAAGGAAACCGAAAGUUCAAGGUCCGUUUUGAUGUGAGUGAUUUCAGCCCCGAGGAAAUCCAGGUGAAAGUUCAGGACAACAAAGUGGUCAUCUAUGGAAAAACCGAAGAGAAGAAGGGCAAUUCGACAUUCAGUCGCGAAUACAGUCGACAGAUUGAUAUCCCCAGGGAUGUUGACCAGGACAAAAUUACAUGCGUCAUGAGCAAAGACAAUAUCCUCACUGUGGAGGGACCGCUGCUUCCUCCCGCGCAGGGUAAAGAAGCAACGUUUCUACCAAUCAAAUGCGAGACUGUCCCCAACCUGUCCCACAAGAGCACUGUACAGAACUCCAUCAUCACUGAGCCAGAUGGAGCAAGAAAACUUCACCUUCAGGUCGACAUCGGAGAAUACAAGCCAGAAGAAAUUGUUGUAAAAACGAUGGACCGGAAAUUGAUUGUGACAGCGCGACACGAGGAAAAGAUGGAAGGCCGUACGAUACACAAAGAGUUUAAUAAAGAAUUUGAAUUACCAGAAACUGUCGACCCGAUGAGUGUAAAUGCUUUCUUAAGUGAAGAUGUAAAUUUGGCCGACAUUUCUUAUAUGAUUUAUCAAAUUUAUGUCUGCCUGUCUCUGUCUCUCUCUCUCUCUUUCUCUCUCUUUCUCUCUCUCUCUCACUCUCUCUCUCUCUCUCUCUGGCUCUUUCGUUCUUUCUUCCCCUCUCUCUCUCUCUCUUUCUCUCUCUCUCUCUAA